UUAUACCCAUUUAGAGCAUCCCGAAUUCCAACACUGGAAAAUUGCCUGAACAUAUCGGUUCAAUUCCCGUUGCGAAUCUUCGGUCCUAUCUGAAAUCCCCCUGUCGUCUAAUGGUGAUUUACAAUUCAGGUAUGAGGAUAGGGGCUCCAUGACUUUCACCGAUGUGAUGUGAGGGAGAUUAUACAGCUUCAGAUCACUCUCUGUCCGGGCCUUUGGGUCUGAAGUCCUCUUUCUUCUCGGCUCUUCACUUGUUUAUCGUCCCUGCUGCGCUCUUUCGCCGCACACCGCCGUCGCCACGUGGGUAACAUAAUUAUUGCUGCCUUUGGUAUGUUAAAAAGCUGAGAUUUGUUUAUCGAAUUACAAGAUUUCAAUUACUUUGUUGAUUUUUUUUUAGCUUCCAUGGAUACCAGUGAAGACUGUAAACUGAAAAGGCAAAAACUUUGCGAGACAAUCGUUGAAGAUAGGAUUAGUAGUUUGCCAGAGGCGGUUCUUGGCCACAUUUUAUCCUUUCUUCCAACUAAAACUGUAGUGCAAACAAGUAUUUUGUCUAGAAGAUGGAGAAACAUUUGGAAUUCUGUGUGUAAUUUUGAUUUUGAGUUUCUUUAUGAUGGUAAUGAAGACUUGAGCAGGGUACAAAAAUUUGGGAGAUUUGUAGACUCAGUACUAAUUCUUCGUUCUUACCCAUGUAUUAAAAAGUUCCGCCUUCACUUUCAUUCUUCGUUACCUUGUAAUGCAAGUACAUGGAUUCGCGCUGCAGUUAGGAAUAAUGUUGAGGAGCUUGAUCUCGGUAACUUUCUAAGUACACUCGAGAUGCCUCGGAUCGUUUUCAGUUGUGAGACUAUAAGGAUCUUGAAGGUUUACCAUGGAUUUACCUUUCAGAUUCCCGAGGCUGUAUGCCUUCCAAGUCUCAGGGUUCUUCAUUUGGUAUCUCUUUUUUCCUUGAAGGAUGGUGACAUAGAGAAGUUUUUAUCAGGAUCCCCUGUUCUCGAAGAACUAUUUAUUAAUUCGCAUCAUAAUGAUCUUGUAACAACAUUGUCUGUUCAGUCCUCAUCACUUAAAAGUUUGAAAAUUCGGAGGAGAGAUCAGUGUCGUUUUGGAUUUUUUAGGCUUAUAAUUGAUGCACCAAAACUAGAAUUUCUUGAGCUGAUUGAUUAUGUCUCUGAAGAAUUUGAGAUAGUGAAGUUGUUACCUUCACUAGUUAAAGCAUCUGUGGAUGUUAGGCCAGAAGAUUUCAUUUAUGACAGCGUACAAGCAGCUCAGGUGUUUGGACUUCUGAAACAAAUCUCUAAUGUGAAAUCUUUAAGCUUAUUUGGAGUUACGGUUGAGGGAAUUGAUUUUGCAGAUACAGGUUUCACUUACCCCAUUUUUCAUAAUUUGAUGCAUUUGGAGGUGAAUGCCAAUGAAAAUGGAUGGCUCGGGUUCCUUGAAAUACUCAGAAACUCACCAAAUUUGGAGACAGUCGUACUCCAUAAGGACAAUGAUCGUUCCGAUUAUCCUGAUGAAAGCUUUCGGGCACCAGCUGUGCCCCGAUGUUUCUUCUCAUCUCUCAAGAGAGUUGAACUUAGAGGAUUUGAAGGAAAUAGAGUGGAGAUGAAAGUAAUAAGAUAUUUCCUGAAAAAUGCUAAGGUCUUGAAGAAACUUGCAAUUGAAUAUUUGGAUGACAUGGAUCCUAAGAAAGAGACGAAGCUGUUGAAGAAGCUGUUAAAGUUUCCAAGGGCCUCAUCCACAUGUCAAAUCAUAUUUUAUUGAACUCCUUACCUGAAACUUUCUGUUUUGUUGAUUGCAUGCCAUGAACUUGCUUAUGAGGGGCAUUUUCUGAUAUUGUUAAUAAGAGAGGUCUACAGGUUCCCUCUUUAUGAGUUCGCAAGCUCUCUGUACUGAAGUUCUUGGGAUUAUAUAUAAAGAUUUAUACAAUGUGUCAAAAAAUAUGAAUUUAGUUCAUCUUUCUA